AUGCAUAUCAUCAAGCCGGUCUGGCUCACCCAUGGAGGUGAACGCAAAGACUUCGAAGUUUACAGCUGCGAUGUCUCGCCAGAUGGAAAGCGACUAGUCACAGCUGCUGGAGGUGAGCUCAAUCCCUCCUCGUUUGCGCCGGAAGGCCUCCAGAAAAUGCCUGCGCUGUUUAGGGGAAACGUCACUGACACCAUGAAUUUUGAUACCCAGAUGGAUAUGUGCGAAUCUGGUCAACGGAGGCCAUUUACGGCACCGGAACUGCUGAACUCGAGGGCAAGCCAAAGCAACUGGCCUCCAUGA